AAAUUCACAAGAGAUGAAGAAAUCAAGCUCUUCUUCUUUUCUCUACCAGCUUCUUCUUGUUCCUCUCCUACUCUCCAUUUUCCCAGAUCAGGCAUUUUCAGCACAAAGUCACUAUGAAAACUUUGUUCGAUGCCUUUCUAGGAAUUCCACCUCAAUCACCAAAGUUAUUUACACCCCAAGAAAUUCUUCGUAUGCAUCAAUCUUGGAGUUCUCCAUACAGAACCCUAGAUUCUCAUCGCCCGCCACGCCUAAACCUCUCGUCAUCGUUACCCCUUUGCAAGAAUCCCAUGUUCAAGAAACCAUAAGUUGUUCCAAAAAAUAUGGCAUGCAAAUCAGAGUUCGUAGCGGCGGCCACGACUACGAGGGCCUUUCCUAUGUUUCUGAGCUCCCCUUUCUCAUCCUCGACUUGAUAAAGCUUCGGCGGAUCGACGUUGACGAGAAAAAUAGCACUGCCUGGGUUCAAGCCGGCGCAACCAUCGGUGAACUGUAUUAUAGAAUUGCAGAGAAGAGUAAAAAUCUUGGCUUCCCGGCCGGGGUUUGCCCUACGGUGGGCGUCGGCGGACACUUCAGCGGCGGAGGUUACGGCACAAUGUUGCGUAAAUACGGCCUUGCCGCUGAUAAUGUGAUUGAUGCUCGCUUUGUUGAUGUUGAUGGCAGAAUUCUUGACCGAGAAACCAUGGGGGAGGAUUUGUUUUGGGCCAUUAGAGGAGGUGGCGGCGCUAGUUUUGGAGUUAUUCUUGCUUGGAAAAUAAAACUGGUCCAAGUUCCAUCAACCGUGACUGUGUUCACGGUUGACAGAACCUUAGAACAAAAUGCAACCAAGCUUGUGCACCGGUGGCAAUCUGUCGCGCCCAAGCUCGAUGAAAACCUUUUCAUCAGAAUCAUCAUAACGAAGGCAAAUUCCAGUGGGAAAAACACAAUACAAGCUUCAUUUAAUUCCUUGUUCUUGGGAAGAGCGGACGAGCUCCUUCUGGGGAUGAAAGAGAGCUUCCCUGAACUAGGAUUAACUAAAGAAGAUUGCACUGAAAUGAGCUGGAUUGAAUCUGUUCUCUAUUUCGCAGGAUUCCCAUCUGGGGAAUCCCUCGAUGUUCUACUCGACAGGACUCCUCUGUCUAGGCGAUACUUCAAAGCUAAAUCAGACUAUGUGAAGGAGCCCAUUUCCAAAGCAGGUUUGGAGGGGAUAUGGGAGAGGUUUUACGAAGACGAAGCAGAGGAGGCGGAGGUGAUAUUUAGUCCUUACGGUGGAAGAAUGAGUGAGAUUUCGGAAUAUGCAAUUCCUUUCCCACAUAGAGCUGGGAAUUUGUACAAGAUCCAACACUUGGUGUAUUGGGAAGAAGAGGGAGCUGCGAACUCUGAACGAUACAUUGCAUGGAUCAGAAGGCUUUAUAGCUACAUGACUCCCUUCGUUUCAAAAUCUCCAAGAGCUGCGUAUAUCAACUAUAGGGAUCUUGACAUAGGAACAAACAACAAAGGCAACACCGGUUAUAAACAGGCGAGUGUUUGGGGUGUCAAGUAUUUCAAGAACAACUUCAACAGAUUGGUGCAUGUGAAGACCAAGGUUGAUCCUUCCAAUUUCUUCAAAAAUGAACAAAGCAUCCCAUCUCUGUUUGCAGAAAAAUGAUGGGUACGUGAUUAUAUAUAUACAUGCAGAUUCUAAGAAGAAAAGGUUUAUGAAUAAAUUUAUGUGCUUUGCCAUAUUGUAAACAGGAAUAAUGGGCACAAGGAAACUAUACUUAGAUUUAUUUAUAUAGUUGUCAUGUCAAUAAGUGUUUGGUUAAUUUGUAAAGAUUUGUUGUAUAAGUCGUUUAUAAUAAAAUAUUUUUUUUAUUUAUUUUUUUCUUAAAA